AUGAAUCGAAUUUUCGGUAGAGGAAAACCCAAAACUCCAGGACCAAGCAUUUCAGACUGCAUCAAUAAUAUCGAUAGCAGAGCGGAUAAUAUAGAACAAAAAGUUCAAAAAUUGGACACAGAAUUAAGAAAAUAUAAAGAACAAAUGUCUAAGAUGAGAGAGGGACCUGCAAAAAAUUCUGUAAAGCAGAAGGCAAUGAGGGUCCUAAAACAGAAAAAAAUGUAUGAGCAACAGCUUGAAAAUUUACGAGGUCAGUCUUUUAACAUGGAACAAGCAAAUUAUGCAACACAAACUCUUAAGGAUACUCAUACUACUAUAACUGCUAUGAAAGAUGGUGUAGCUUCUAUGAAAAAAGAAUUUAAGAAGAUUAAUAUAGAUACCAUUGAGGAUGUGAAUGAUGACUUAGCAGAUAUGCUUGAACAAGCUGAUGAAGUACAAGAUGCACUUGGUCGUCAAUAUGGAAUGCCAGAGCUUGAUGAUGAUGAGCUGGCUGCAGAGCUUGAUGCUUUAGGUGAUGAAAUAGCCCUUGAUAGUGACACAUCAUACUUAGAUGAUGUGGUUAAAGCCCCUGCCGCUCCAGACAAGGAACCAGGAGCAGACAGCGUUAGGAACAAAGAUGGUGUUCCAGUUGAUGAAUUUGGUUUGCCCCAAGUACCAAACCCUGCCCAAAUUUCACGU